AUGGCUCAAAGUAGCUAUGUUAAAGAAAAGUCCAUGUUGAUGGCGGAAAAGAAAACAUUGACUGAUAUGCUGUAUAAAUUUCAAGACCAGUUAAAUCGUCUCAAGAUUGAAGAGCUUGCACUUAAAAGUCUUAUGAAAAUGCAAGCCAUGCAAAGUUCUAAAAAAAACUGGAGAAACUUAGUCUCAAAAGCCUCUGGUGCUGAAUCUUACAAAGAGACCCUAAAUCUCAAUGUGGACACACAUGAAAUGGAUGAUCUUAAAAGACUUGAUGACUUCAUUGAAGAAGAAGAGGAUGAAGAAGAGGAAGUAAUGGAUGAAACCAAUGAAGAAGACUAUAAUGAUCAACUGAAGAGUUACAUGUAUUAA